AUGUACCAUCAUUAUCACGCCUUCCAGGGUAGAAAACUUACUGACCAAGAGAGAGCACGUGUGCUGGAGUUUCAGGAUUCCAUUCACUAUUCCCCGCGGUACUCAGACGAUAACUAUGAAUACAGACACGUGAUGCUGCCCAAGGCCAUGCUAAAAGCUAUUCCAUCCGAUUACUUCAACUCGGAGGUGGGGACACUGCGUAUAUUGACAGAGGAUGAAUGGAGAGGCCUUGGCAUUACGCAGUCAUUGGGAUGGGAACAUUAUGAAUGCCAUGCACCAGAACCGCACAUUUUGUUAUUCAAAAGACCGCUGAAUUACGAGGCUGAACUGAGAGCCGCGACUGCUGCUGCUCAACAGCAACAGCAACAGCAACAGCAACAGCAACAGCAACAGCAGACACAAUCGAUCUCGAACGAUAUGCAAGUUCCGCCGCAAAUAUCCUAG